GGGAUUAUCCACCAAGUAGGGCAAGUGGCUGAGGCUAAGGACUGCAAUUCCAUCCAGCCUAGUUCAUUUCAGUCAUCCGCUCAGCGCACAGACGGAACAAGGAGAGCAAUUUCAGCGCUGCGUAUUUGUCAAAGCCCCCCCAAAAGCCUAAAGUUAAAAAAAAAAGAAACAAAGAAAGAACAGAAAAAAAUGGUAAAGUACAUGAGACAUCACAGCGAGCUGAAACCCGAAGAGGUCCUGUCGGAGUCUGAUGCGUCCAUGGACCAGCAGGAUUUCGGAGAGAUGUCCGACUAUUCUUUCAGCGACGUUAUAUACUCCAAAUGUUCCGCAAUGGACCAAAUCGGCACUUUUAUGAAGAACGUGCAAGUGCUGCUCGAUGCAGCCAAUUACAUUGAAAACAUUGAGAAGAACAACGGAAAAUGUGAGCACGGGUAUGCUUCAACAUACCCUGCAACCCAGAUUUCACUUCAACAGAAACAACGCAAAUUGAAGAACAGGAAACUGGACAAUAUUCACAAUAGGUCGGCACACAAUGAACUGGAAAAGAACAGGCGAGCACAUCUUCGUCUGUGCUUGGAGAGGUUGAAGUCCCUCAUUCCUCUGGGACCAGACUGCAGUCGGCAUACCACUCUGGGACUGCUCAACAAGGCCAAAGCACAUAUCAAGAAACUUGAAGAGAUAGACCGGAGGAGUCAGCACCAGCUGGAGACCUUAGAGAGGGAGCAAAGGCACCUGCAGAGGCAGCUAGCUCUGCUGCAGACCCAUGGAGAGUGGGAGCGCGUUCGUACGGACAGCCUGGGUUCCCGCAUGGACUCUGAUCGAUCAGAGUCUGAUAGAGAGGAAAUUGAAGUUGAUGUGGAAAGCACUGAGUUCUCCCAUGGAGAAAUGGACAGUGUAAGCACCAGUGGUGCAAGCGACCUGGAUGACCAUAGCAGCCGGCAGAGCUCCGCCAGUGACGAGGGCUACUCCACUUGCAGCCUGAAACUGGCCUUUUCUGCUUAAAGCACCAGCCUAUACUUUCAUUAAGCUGCAGUCUUUUAUGGCUUUUACCUGUCAAAGUACCAGCCUACAGCUCCAGUCUCCCUUACCGUUUAGCUAAUGUGUCAUCAGAAGAACCAGCCCCUAUCCUAUCUUUACCUGACAAAUGAAACAUCUCCACCCAAGAACCAGCCUUAAGUUCAGCUCAAGUCUGAAAGUCUAAAGCAGUCUCCUUCCAAAAGCCAAGCGGCUCCAAUUUACACAGCCACAAAUCUCCAGCAAUAUACGGUUUCCUUACUUUAAAAGAUGACUUAACCAAUCACCCGAAUGUCCCUUUACCCAUUACCAGCUUGAAGCCGCCAUACCUGCACUUGACAGUGAUCCUUGAGAGGACCCAUGAAUGCACCUGUGUCAAACACUAAAGGCUAAACUGUACCUUUAGUGAAGUUGAUCCUCAGAAACCAGCAAAACAGACAAAAAAAUCCCAAAUACCAGCUAGAAACUCACCAUUGGGAACGUUCGCUCCAUUGCCUUGUAAGAAAAAAAAAAACAUGGCCCUUUUUCUUUGGAUAAUAUAUCCAGAUAGCACUUCUUGUAAAUGUACAAGUCAGAGGAAAGGGCUAAAAUGUCUGCAUUCCAAAAUGUUUAUCACACUUCUUUAACCUCUGCUUUAGGACCCACAAACAUCAUUGAUCCAUGUGGCGUCCUACUUCUUAAGUGACAUACAGUCAGAUACAGACAGGUGGUGCAGUCCACCCUUGUUAUUCUAAUUUAUUUUGCAUAUAAUAUUUAUUUUUGGUAUAUUUAAUUGUACUGUAGCUAGGUCUUGGUCAUGCUUGAAUGGGAAAAAAAACCUUGCUGUUAAAUUCUUUCAUUAUUUUCUGUUUCUAAAUGUUUACCAAACUUACAUGAUGUAAAAUCCCCACUGAAACAGUGCUAGGAGUUUAAUGCAUUACUCGAAAUGCUUUCACACUGUGCGUGAAUUAAAUUUUUUUAGACAGUAAUAAGCUAUCCCGCACUUGUCCAAGCACAAAGCUCAAGCAAUAAUGCCUCUAGUUUUAAUAUAUCUUCAGUGUUGGCUGGGUUUAGCACAUUAUUCUGUCCGUCCAACUCCAAAUUAUAGUUUUCCACUUGCUCCAGCGGUAGUACCAGCUAUUCAUAAUCAACAGUGAAAUGAUUGUAAUGGACUCGAAACGCUAUGGUGCAUGUGUAUUUGAAUGUAGCCUUUCUAAUCAUGUUGUAAUGUGCUUUUGAUUGAGUCUUAAAACCAUGUUUGUAGCAUGAACCACAUAAACACCACAGAUUUUGGUUUGUACUUCAUUGUUUAACUUUUUUGUUUGUAUCGUAGCAGAAAAAGCUAAAAUCCUUGAAAUCUGGAGACUUGAUAAUUUGAUGUGUAUUUGACGCAAAGAAUUGCACUGCUGAGCUAUUCGAAUCCAUGAAACCAAAUGAGACCAUUUAUCUGCAUUCUUCUGAUCCAGUUUCUAAGUAGAUCACCACCAAAUUGUGUCUUAAAGUGGGUAUAUGACUCUUGCACCUGUAACCCCCAACGUGUUUGGGAAACUAUAAAAUGCACUAUGAAAAUGACUUUUGUUAAGGAAGUACGUUGAAGCACACCCCCAGAAUGUUUUUCUUGUGCUUAAUCAGCCAUCCAAGGUGACUUUUUUGCAAAACAUGUGCUGCUGGUCCCCUGCUUUGUUACAGUUCCUGAUAACUACCCUUGAAAUCUUAAUAAACCUCUACACAGAAAAACCCCAA